CCCUAACUGGGUGGCAUGCUGAAGUGGGUUUAGGAAAAAGCAGCAUUCAGUUUUUGUCACACAGCUCCAUAUUUGUCAGAUGAGAACCUCUUUUGCUCUCUCUGCACUGGGAGCACAUGCGACCUAAUGUGCUGACCAGAGCCUGUAGCCAGAUGUCUUGAGACAGGAGAGGGAACUGGGGUAAAGACCCCCCCAGGAAAGCGCCUCAGAAGGCAUAGGAUGGGAAAGGGUAGCAGGGGGAUUCAGAGCCUCAGAAAGCAGAGAAUCAGAUCCAUUGCUGAUAGCAAUCUUGCACUCCAAAAGGCAUGACCAAGAUACAGCCUAAAGCAGCCUGGCCAUCAUGGUGCCCCACACAUUGUGUUGUGCUUUUGGAACAUUCUUGUCUUCAGUUGGUCCUGAGAACCUGGGGCUGGUGGCUGAUCAGUAAGAGCCAUUCCCAGGUUUCAGGUAGUGAAAUUGUCUCCACCUUAAGUCAGGUUCCUUAGGCCAAACCCCAUGCCAUUCACGACACAGUCACUUCUCUACCUGACCACAGGGACAUGGCACAGGUCCUUUCUCCUGAAGGUCAAGGCUUCCCAUGACUCAAGAAAGGAGGGCUGCUCCCCAGAGUUGUAGCAGAGUCCAGAACUCUUCCUGCAGUUGGCAGAUGGUCACAGCAACUACAGGCCAGAUUUAUGUCACUGAGGAUCUGUCCUCCUCCUAAGUAAACUCCCUGGUCACUGGAUCAGAGUACGGGAAAGAGCUUGUGCUGUGGAAGACUGGGCACAUUGCUGUGAUGUGAGGUGACAAUUACAUGAGGCACUUGGGAAGAGACUAGUGAUGUGGCAGGAUAUAUGUAUGAAGACACGAGCACACAUGCUGAGUGUUCACAUGUAGCUGUAAGUUCAUUUGUGCAUGCGAUUGCAUGAUUCGGGUGAAUGUAGAGCACAUAGAUCUGUGUAUGUGUAAUUCUCAUGUAUGCACAGACAAGAGCUUGCUGUACAUGUGUACAUGCAUGUACACAUUUACCAAGGGCCUUCCCCCACCGUUGUGGCUCCUGCCCAGGUUCCAUGCAUGCGUGCUUCAGCUUCCCUUUGACCAGCAUGUUAGGAAGAACCCCGCAUUCUUUUUGAGCAUCAUCUCCAACAUAGCAUCCUGCUGCUACUCCAUCCUGAAGGUCAAGAAUGCAGGAAUGACACUAAAGGCCAAGGGUGCCUCUGGCUCAUUUCCUCCUGAAGCUGCACGUUGGCUCUGCUACCGAGCCUUCCUGCUCAAGCUGGCUGGUCAUUCUGUCACCUACAAGUGUCUCCUGGGACCACUCAGGACAGCCCAAAACCAGCUGUGCCGGAAGCUCCCAAGGGCAACAAUGGCCAUCCUUGAGGCUGCAGCUGACCCAGCCCUGAGCACAGACUUUCAGACCAUUUUGGACUAACCCCGCCCCUUCAGCUGGAUGAACAUGGGCAUUGUAGCCUCACCACUCCUGGGUGCAUGUCACAAGAGGGACAGACCUAUUGUGAGGCCAGUUUGUCCCUGUGCUAUGUUUCCUGUGGUGGGCUUGAUUUCCUUCCUGAUGCUCUCCGGGGAAGCAGCUCCCACCCCUAUUAGUGGCAGGGAUCAACUAGCCACCAACACCACACAGAGGUAGAAGACACAUGGGCACUGGGGCAGUGUGGACAGAUGUGAGAUGCCUGGCCCUUGUGUCUUGUCACAUCUAACCAUGGAGUCUUUCCCAAUGGGGUCAGAGUGUCUCAGAGAU